GAGGCAUCUACAGAUUUUUGCUCUCUGAAGGGGCACAGCAGGUCCUGGUGACUGCCAUCACCUUUUCCUUCGAGAUGGCUCUACAGGUCCCCAGCCUCCUCUUUGCAAUAACUGUGGUGCUGACGGUGCUGAGCAGCCCGGGGGCCGAAGGCAGAGACUCCCCAAGGGAUUUCGUGCUCCAGCUCGUGAGCCACUGCUACUACACCAACGGGACGCAGCACAUGCGGUAUGUGACCAGAUACAUCUACAACCAGGAGGAGUUAGUGCGCUUCGACAGCGACGUGAGCGAGUACAUCGCGGUGACCGAGCUGGGGCGUCCGCAAGCAGAGUACUUCAACAGCCGGAAGGAGAUCCUGGAGCGGACGCGGGCCGAGAUAGAGACGGUGUGCAGAAACAACUACGAGGUGAUGCUCCACACCUCCCUGCGGCGGCUCGAGCAGCCCAAGGUGGCCGUCUCCCUGUCCAGGAGGGAGACCCUCAACCACCACAACAUGCUGGUCUGCUCGGUGACAGAUUUCUACCCAGCCCAGAUCAGAGUGCGCUGGUUCCGGAACGGCCAGGAGGAGACGGUGGGGGUCGUGUCCACACAGCUUAUUAAGAACGGGGACUGGACCUUCCAGAUCCUGGUCAUGCUGGAGAUGACCCCUCAGCGGGGGGACGUCUACACCUGCCACGUGGAGCACCCCAGCCUGAAGAACCCUGUCACCAUGGAGUGGCGGGUGCAGUCCGAGUCUGCCCAGAACAAGAUGCUGAGCGGCGUCGGGGGCCUCGUGCUGGGGCUGAUCUUCCUGGGGCUGGGCUUUUUCGUCCGUCACAGGAGUCAGAAAGGACCUCAAGGACCUCCUCCAGCAGGGCUCCUCCAGUGAUUCAGGAGAGUGUUGUGGCAGAGUUGGCUGUCACACUGUAAAGCCUCUCCCUGCUCCCAAAUUCCCAUCUGUGCCAGCCUGUCUGUCCUUCUCUGGUUCAGAGUCCAGCAUGGUGCCAGUGUGCCCACCAGCUCAAUGAUCCCCAACUCUCCAAGGCUCUGUCUUUGGCUCCUGGACUGAUUCCAGAGACUGUCUGUGUACUACAGCAUGAUCUACUCAGACCCCCAGGCCUUCUGUUUCCACUGUCCCACACUGGCUCCUGAAGAGAUGUGCUGAAAACAUUCUUCUCUUUUUCAUAAUUAAACAUAUUCUGAAUUACA